UGGAACCUCCCUCUUCUCUUCCACCCAAGCUAAUCUCUCAGUAGCUCUGCACUUCUGCACAAUGGGGAAGACAGAGCUGUACUCUCUCUAUAAGGGUUUUGUGGACUGUAUUUGCCUCUGCCUCUCUCGGAGCAGCCAUGAGGCUGCAGGCGACAACGAGAGGGACACUGAGAAUGGACACCUGAUCUACAAAAGUGGGGACGUCCUCGAGGACAGAUAUGAGAUAGUCGACACUUUAGGUGAGGGAACUUUUGGGAAAGUGGUGCAAUGUUUGGACCACAGCAGUGUUUUAACACACAGAGGAGGAGGUCAAAUUGCUCUGAAGAUCAUUAAGAACUUGGAGAAAUACAGAGAAGCAGCCAAACUGGAAAUCAAUGUGCUGGAGAAGAUCAGCGAGAGGGAUCCGCACAACAAGCAUCACUGUGUGCAGAUGCUGGACUGGUUUGACUACUACGGUCAUGUGUGCAUCUCUUUUGAGCUGCUGUCGCUCAGCACUUUUGACUUCUUGAAAGCAAACAACUUCCUGCCUUAUCCAAUUAACCAGAUCCGACACAUGGCCCACCAGAUCUGCCACGCUGUCAGCUUUCUCCAUGACAACAAGCUGACUCACACCGACCUGAAGCCUGAGAACAUCCUCUUUGUCAACUCAGACUACUCCCUCAUAUACAACGCUGAGAAGAAGUGCAACGAGAGGAGAGUAAAUGACACCACAGUGCGGCUGAUUGACUUUGGUAGCGCCACCUUCGACCACGAACACCACUCUGUCGUCAUCUCUACACGUCACUACCGGGCUCCAGAGGUCAUUCUGGAGUUGGGUUGGAGUCACCCUUGUGAUGUGUGGAGUAUUGGCUGCAUGCUGUUUGAAUACCACGAAGGCUUCACACUGUACCAGACUCAUGACAAUAAGGAGCAUCUUGCUAUGAUGGAGAGAAUACACGGAGCGAUUCCUCAGAGAAUGAUCCAGAGGAGCAGAAAGCAGAAGUAUUUCCACCGUGGGCGUCUCGACUGGAGCGAGUGCUCCAAGGCCGGACGCUAUGUGAAAGCCAAGUGCAAACCAUUACGGAAGUACUUGUUGUCACACAGCACAGAGCAACACCACUUUUUUAAUCUCUUGGAGAGGAUGCUGGAGUACGAGCCCUCAAAACGCAUCUCUCUCUCCUCCGCUCUGUGUCACCCCUUCUUCCUGCCCCUCCAUCAUCCAGGAAGGAGUCAAGUCUGGAGGGACAGCUGUGACAUGAGCAGAUGACCCCGAACAGCCACUUGACUUUGUGAGGACCACACCAGUGUGUUUGCAAGUUUUAGUUUCUCAGUUACAA